AUGUCGAAGAAAAGGGGUCUGAGUGCUGAAGAAAAGAAAGUAAGAAUGUUGGAAAUAUUUCAUAACAGCAAGGACUUUUUUCAACUGAAAGAAUUAGAGAAGAUAGCCCCUAAACAGAAAGGUAUAACAAUGCAAUCAGUGAAGGAAGUGAUUCAAAAUUUAGUAGAUGAUCACUUAGUCGACAGUGAGAAGAUUGGUACUUCUAUUUAUUUUUGGUCUUUUCCAAGUAAAGCUAAAAAUGCUAAGAAAAGAAAAUUCCUAAAUUUGCAAACUGAAUUAAAUGAAACAAUGAAAAAGUUGAAGAAGGCUGAAGAAACUAUUACCACGGAAUCUGCAAGCCGUCAACAAAAUCCUGAGCGGGAUGAGAUAUUAGCAACCUUAGAGGCUGUUAUGAAAAAGCAAAAUGAUCUAAAAAAGGAAUUGCAGAAAUAUAGAGAUAAUGACCCUGAAUACAUUGCCCAGUUAAAAACAGAAACUGAAGAUCUCAAGUCUGCAAUCAACAGGUGGACUGAAAACAUUUAUAUUCUUAAGUCAUACAUUAAAAAUAAUUUCCAAAUGGAAAAUGAAGUUAUUGAUCAGAACUUUAACAUUCCACCCGAAUUGGAUUAUAUUGAAGAGUAA